UCUUGCUUCCUGUCAGCAACAAUUUGUUGUUGUCAUGGCGGCCACAGUUUAAAUUCACCGAGUAGUUUGUAAAAGUUUAAAUAUUGACUUUAAAAUACUGUAUACCGUUGCGUAAGUACACAGUUAAUCAUCAUACAGGUUUCGUAAACAUUUCGUUUGGAUUAAUUUGAUGGACAGAAACUUUCACACAUGCGAUGUUAGCUAUUGUGGCGUUAAUUUGACACAACAUGGCGGUCCUUUUCGCUAUGAGGGAUUGUUUAAAAUACUAGCGCCGCGAUGAUUUCCAUUGGUCAACAAACUAAUGGUAUGCAAUGGGUUGUUUUGGCUUCCAAACAAAACACCAGCAACAGAGGCUAUUUUACAAAUCAGACGUCCCAAGCCAAGCUAUUGUUCAAUGAAGCCGUGCCUGCCAACUCCAGGAACCGUGCCACAGCCGUGGGUCCUCCGGCUGCCAUUGUCAUUGAGAAGCUACUCCACCUGCCUCCGGAAGAGCAGCUGAAGGACACUGACGGCAGCGUGAAAAGCUCACUCAGCUUCAGCAAUCUGUCUGAAAAGAAGCUGCAAGCUGCGGUAGACCUAGCCAAGAGGGAUCUAAGACGGAGCCGUUUCCAGGCCAUGUGCAGGUUGUCUGCGGAGCCUUUGGGAGAUGCGUCUGUGUCGGACAUUUGCAAUACGACCCUGCCUCAGACACCUUCCAAGAAGCGUCCUGUGCCUUCCAAGCAAAAAGGCCGACUGCCCACCUCAGCAAGGCCUGUGGCAGGUACGGAUCAGUACGAUCUGUUCAGAAAGGAGGUGCGCAAUCUUCAGAAUGAACUCAAAAGUCUAAAAAAGGGCCUGACUCCAGACAUAAACCUACUUGGAGCCAGACAACCACAGUACAUGGCCAAGAAGGCCACCACGCCAUCCAUACUGCACAUUCAUCAGCCGCCUUUGGAUGUCCUGGACCAGCAAGAUCUCCCGAGACAGGAAAUAUUCAAGCUCCAAAAUAACUCUGACAGUGCAUUUGUGCAGGAUGGAACAACCAAUUGCAGCGAGGCUUCCUCUCCCAAGAAAAACACAGAUAACCCUUCCAAAAAACGUCUGGUUGCUUCCAAGUCGUCAUGGAUGCAAGUUCCUGUCUCAAAGCCACCAGGGCCCAUGGGUCAGCAGGAUCUCUUAGAUCGAGAGAUGCAAAAGCUUGACGCUGAGCUGGAAAACUACAUGCGGCAAGUGGAGAAACUGUCUGACAGAGACAUGGCCUGCAAUAAUGAGCAAGAGGAGGAAGAGUUGGAACCCGACGAGCAGGAGAAAGCGGAGGUGCGCUGGCAGAAGCAGUCUGCCAGUUUGGCGCGGACCAUCUACGCGCUACAACAGCAGAUGAAAUCAAUACAACAAUACAUUGAGAAUCUGCACAACCAGGGCGUGUGGGAUGAUAAAAAGUGCACAGCCAUCCAACGUCUUGCAGGAGCUCAUCGCAGCACCCUGAAAGCCUUGCAGGUGGUCACCCGCCAACUUGCCAAUCAGUUUCACAACAAACUCCCGUCUUAUUGUGGAGAAUUGAGCCGGCUCCUUUGCCAGCUCUCUCUUUGCUCGGCCAAGAUACAAGUUGACCCGGGCUCGCCCAUGCCGGAGACGGCUGUCGAUAUCCUGCGCAAGCUCGAGAUUUUGGACCACAUAAUCAGCCAACACGAGACACGGCAGGCCAUGCAAGACCGAGCUUGUCCUUCACAGAAGAAGUCCACUUAUCCCAGCAUGUCGCCUGCCUCCAGAAGCGGUGUGCCUCGCGGGCUCCCUAAAGCCACUAAGCCACUGCGAAGUAGCCAUGCUUCGAGAAUGGCGGCACAGAAGCUGCGCAGGCCAGACCGGCCAUUCCGGCCAGUCAGCCUGCAGAGGGCACCACAGCAGCUCAAGAGAAACUCCCCUGGGGAAAAAAAGCAGCAGGCUACAAAAGUGAAGGUCAAUCUUGGGAAGGAGGACGCCCAUUUCAAGGAACCCACAGUGGCCUCUCGCCUCCGAGUCAAUCAGCCCCCUUCCAGGGAGACGUCAGUGCCAUGGAUACCGGCGUCCUCACAUUCUCUCUCGCCGUCGCGCUCUGGUCACAAGACAACACAUGAGCCAAGAUGCCUCUCGUCUCCCGCCAAGCUGACGUCGUCCUCAAGCCCCCAGAAAGUGCCCGUGAGGUUCAGUGAAGAGGGCCAGCCGAGCUCGGACAACAAACGACAAGCCCAGAAUGAAGCACUAAGAGGCGCCUGGUUGGACAAGAUAACCACGCAACGACUAAAGGACCUUAACGAGCUGACACGAGAGGAGGCCGAGCGCAUUCAACGUUUGAGGGAUGAGGUUGUCUCACCGACACAAUGGGCUGAGAGGGCUGAGCAGCAGAUGCGAGAGCGAAUUAAGCCGCUUCUGGAUGAGGCCAAGGCAGCUCUGUCUCAUGCUAUGAGCCAGCCGAUCACACCCCAACAUACUGCUGGGCCAAUGGAAAGUUCAGCUUUCAUUGAAUUGACCACCAAUGGGCUGGAUCAGACGAUGCGAGCAAGCAGGACAAUGAAAGUUGAUGAUGGUCUCAAGCAUCUCGGAGAGUCCAGGAGCAGGAGCAACUCGUCGCUGAGGAAUAAGCUGUCAGAGCAGGCUGCAACGAGUGUGGCUGAGAAGGGCGAGGAGGCAGAUCUCUUGGAUGAGGCAGCACUGCGGUUUGUGCAAGCCCCCACCCUGGAGGUAAUGCUGCAGCGCAUGGAGGAAAUACAGAGGGACCAGGAGCAAGUGAGGAGACGAGUCGCUUCGAUCGCCUACUCGGAUACUCUACAGUGGGAACAACCAGCAGGCUCUCAGGUCCAGGUUGCCAGCUCGCGGCCGAGCUCUCCACAGCCCAUUAGACUGACCAAACCAGUGCUGAGGCAGCCGCCACUCGCUGAUAUUGUUCUGGAAGAACCAGUGGAGACAGGAGUCCUUUCUGACAGCAGCCUGGUGGACAGGGCAUCCCAGAAAGAUGGCCUUCCGAUAUUCCCUGGUCCGAAGGCGGGUGGCCCGGCCAGGACUGUAUCAGCGUGCCAGGCAGCAUGCUGAGACACCGACAUACCGGAAGACUACGAUUCGCACAUGCGCCAUGCGACUCACGAGGGCAGCAGCGGUGAUGUCCACUUCUGGUCCAUUGCGGACAGAAAACUAGAGAGGACGUUGGCGGCCGAGUUCCAGGACGUUAUGGAGGAGUGUGCCGAGGCCGUCUUCACAGCUGAGUUCCUGCAAUUGAUCCACUCACCUCGCCUCACCUCCUCUUCUUCCUCUUCGGUCAACCAAUAGGUCUUUGCAGCUCAUGCAAUUGUCCUUUUAAUUUAUUUUGUACAGAGGGACUCCAAUUAAUUGGGAGUGUAUGUGUGUCUGUGUGUGAGUGUGUCUUUUUAAUAUAAAAUAAAGCUCCAACAGGGAAGAUUGCUGCACUGCA